CCUCGUGAGUGUGGUGUGAAUAGUAAAAUCCGAGAGUGUUUAUAUAUGUGCUUCACUGCUUCUAGUAGAGAGCACCAUAAAGAAUAUUAAAAAAAAAAAAACAUUAAACACAUAGGUAGAGAGAAAGAUGAAAGCAGAAGCAGAAAUCAUCUUUGUUACACAUCCGACCCCUGGUCACCUUCUUGUCUCCAUUGAAUUCGCAAAGUCUCUCAUCAAACGAGAUGAUCGCAUUCACACCAUCACCAUCAUCCACUGGACAGUACCUCUGGCUCCCCAAGCUCACCUUUUUGCUAAAUCUCUCGUUGCUUCACAGCCUCGAAUCCGUCUCCUUGCUCUGCCUGACAUUCCAAACCCUCCACCACUGGAGCUCUUCUUUAAAGCUCCCGAGGCUUAUAUUCUAGACUUCACCAAGAAAACUGUUCCUUUUGUUAGAGACGCCCUCUCCACUCUGGUUUCUUCCCGUGAUGGAUCCAGUUCGGUUCGUGUCGCCGGUUUGGUUAUCGAUUUCUUCUGUGUCCCCUUGAUCGAAGUGGCAAACGAGUUUAAACUUCCUUCUUACAUUUUCCAAACGUGUAACGCUGGUUUUAUGUGUAUGAUGAAGUACCUCCCUGAGAGACAUCGCAUUAUCUCUUCCGAGUUUGAUUUAAGCUCCGGCGACGAAGAGCACUCAAUUCCCGGUUACGUCUCCUCCGUGCCAACUAAGGUUUUGCCUUCAGGUCAAUUCGUGAGAGAGUCCUACGAGGCUUGGGUAGAGAUUGCGGAGAAGUUCCCUGGAGCCAAGGCCAUUUUGGUCAACUCCUUCUCAGCUCUUGAGCAUAACGCUUUGGCUUACUUUGCUCGUCGUCCUGACAACUAUCCUCCGGUUUAUCCGGUCGGACCGGUUCUUAGUUUAGAGGAUCGCCCCUCUCCGAAUAUGGACCCAUCGGACCGUGACCGGGUCAUGAAAUGGCUCGAGGACCAGCCGGAGUCGUCAGUUGUGUUCAUCUGCUUCGGGAGCUUAGGAAUCCACAGCAAGCCGCAGAUCGAGGAGAUAGCUCGAGCGAUAGAGCUUGCCGGCCAUAGGUUUCUCUGGUCCAUCCGCACAAAUCCGACGGAGAAAGCGAGUCCGUACGAUCUGUUGCCAGAGGGUUUUCUAGAUCGGACGGUGAGUAAGGGACUGGUGUGCGAUUGGGCACCACAGGUGGAAGUGCUGGCUCACAAGGCGAUCGGAGGGUUUGUGUCACACUGUGGUUGGAACUCGCUUCUAGAGAGCUUGUGGUUCGGAGUUCCGAUCGUCACGUGGCCAAUGUACGCCGAGCAACAGCUAAACGCCUUCACUAUGGUUAAGGAGUUAGGGUUAGCCGUUGAGCUGCGUUUAGAUUACGUCUCUGCUCACGGAGAGAUAGUCAAAGCUAAGGAGAUCGCGGGAGCCAUACAAGCUCUGAUGGACGGUGAGGAUACGCCGAGGAAAAAAGUGAAGGAGAUGGCGGAGUCCGCGAGGAAAGCUUUGAUGGACGGUGGAUCUUCGUUUGUUGCGGUUAAACAAUUCCUCGACGAGUUGAUUGGCGGAGAUGUUUAGUUCUAUUGUAAACGUCGUUGUUGUGGCAUUGGGAUUAGUGUUUCGUGUGUGUGUGUGUUUGUGCAGUGUGCACCAGCUAGUGAUCAGUGUGUUGUUUUUUUUUUUUUUUUUGUGUGUGUAUGUAUGUGCAGUGUGCACCACCUGGUGAUCAGUGUUAUCUUAAUACAAUCGUUUUCUAGAUUAAAUAA